GUCUCCAGCGCGCCUCCCAAGCAGUCGGGCGCAGCUCCUCCAAGCGAUUUGGAAACUACUCAAGGCGCCAUGGAGCCGCCGCCGGACCCCCGCCUGGACUUCCUGGGCAGCUACGUGCAGAAAAGCCUGCGACUCAAGCCGGAGAAGUGGGGUCGCCUGCUGACCGUGGAGGAGCAGAAGGCCGUCAUCUGCGACUUCCUCAACCUGCCCGACCACAUGGUGCUGGUGAUCCUGCAGAACAGCGCGGCGCAGCUGCUGGCCACCACCAGCUUCCCCGUCAGCCUCAAGAGCAAGGCCACGUACUUCAUCAAGAAGGCGCGCCGGGCCGUGCCCAAGGAUGACAUCGCGAGCUUCCUCGUCGUGGGCGACAUGGCGACCAAGCCCAUCGAGCAACUGGCGACCCUCGUGGACGAGGUGUUCGUGCCGCUGCUGUCGAACCGCGAGAACAGCCGCGGCUGGCCCAAGGUGGUGGCGCUGGACGUGCAGCAGCACGUGCACAGCCUCAAGAGCACGGUGUACCAGGUGAAGGGCCAGGUGACGGGGCAGACGGUGCUGCCCAUGCCGGCGGGCGUGGAGCGCGUGCACGAGGCCGAGGCAGCGCUGCAGGCCAGCGACGGCGAGGACGUGGACCUGUACCUGAAGAGCGCCAUCGAGGGCGUCGUCAUCAAGUGGGCCAAGCAGGUCAGCGACGUCAUCUCCGAGGACUCGGCGCAGGCCUUCUCCGGCGGCCAGAACCCCACGCCGUCAGCAGAGAUAAACUUCUGGAACGCGCGGCUGAGCAACCUGGAGUACAUCUACGAGCAGCUCAGGGACGACCGGGUCAGGAAGAUGGCGGUGAUCCUGGAGAUGACAGGCAGCGCUUACUUCCCGUGCUUCAGGACGCUGUUCCGGAACGUGGUGGGAGCACUGGCCGAGGCGAAGGACAUAGCGCUCUACCUGAAGCCACUGCUGAAGCACUUCUCCUUGCUGGAGGACACAGACUUCUCAGAGUCCAAGUGCCUCCUGAGACCUCUCAUGUUCACGGUGUGCCUCAUUUGGGCGCACUCCCGCUACUACUGCAACUCUUCCAAAAUCAUCGUGCUGCUCAAGCAGAUCUGCAACUUGGUCAUAAAUCAGGCAAAGAAAUUCUUGGACCCAACUUCAAUUUUUCAAAGUGACGUCGAUGAGGCAAAGCAGAGAGUCCAGCUAUCGAUUGAAAUUCUCCUAGAGUUCAGGCAGCUGUUCGAGGAGUACAAGGGCCGGAUACACACCUUCUUCCCGGAAAGGGAGCCGGUGCUGUGGACCUUCCACCCCGACAUCGUGUUCGAGCGCUUCCAGUCGUUCCUCGACAGGCUCAGCACGGUGCAGAACUUCUUCCAGACCGUGGACGAGUUCAUGAAGCUGGAGAAGGUGGAGAUCGGCGGGCUGAGGGGCCGGGCGCUCAGCUGCCGCGUGGUCGCCGUCUUCGCCGAGUUCAACGAGCACCUGGGCGUGUUCGCCAGCAAGACGUACGACGUGCUGGACCCCGAGGACGCCACCUUCCCCGCCGACUACGUCGAGUUCCAGCAGCGCGUGUGCAACCUGGACCGGCGGCUGGCGUCCGUGCUGUGCCAGGCCUUCGACGACUGCUGCAACCUGGAGAGCAUAUUCAAGCUGAUAGAAAUAAUGGGGUCCGUCCUGGAGAGACCUCUCAUCAAAGAACAGUUCACAGCUAAAUACAAACGAAUAGUCGAAAUGCUCGAUGAAGAGAUGACAACUACAGAGGAGCUGUGCGAGCAACAGUUGGCGACCCUGGAGCGGUACGGCUGGAUGCCCGUGGAUAGAAACAUGCCCCCGGUGGCCGGCUCGCUCCAGUGGGCCGAUCAGCUCCGCAAGAGGAUAGGCAUGCCCAUGGCCCGCUUCAAGAAGCUGCGCCACCCGGUGGUGUCCAGCCCGGAGGUGAUGGCGCUGCUGGACCGCCACCAGCGACUCCUGGAGCUGCUGGAGGUGUUCGAGCAGGACUUGUUCGGCGAGUGGGUGGAGACCGCGCCCCAGCAGUGCCGCGAGAACCUGGCGCUGCCCCUGCUGCACCGCCGCGCCGGCAGCCACGAGCUGGUGCUCAACUUCCACCCGCAGCUGGUGGCAAUCUUGCGGGAGGUGCACUAUCUGCAGCUGAUGGGGAAGAAGGACAUCCCUGAAGAGGCGCUCCAGAUGUACAGGAAAAGUGAAAUCUUCAGGAAGUACACCGGCACCCUUAGCGAGACAAUCCAGUGGUACAACAAAGUGAGGCGAACGAGCAGAGCUGUGGAGUUCGAGCUGGUGAAAGAGGAAGUGGAGGUGGUGGACAAGGAGAUCAACUACGCUCAGACCAGCCUCAACUGGAACUCACCAGAGCUGUGGAGCUACAUCGAGAAGGUGCACGGGCUGGUGUGCAGCCUGGAGGGACGGCUCAAGGUCACGCAGACCAACGUGGAGCGGGUGCGCGCGGUCAUGUCGGCGUGGCUGAAGCAGCCCAUGUUCCAGCGUCGCGACGCCAAGAGGGACGCCCUGCUGUGCCUGGAGGACCGGCACGAGCACACCGAGAGGAGGUACGCCGAGAUAAGCCAAGCGGCGGAGGACAUCCACCGGCUGCUGACGGACAACCAGCGACUGUUCGGCAUGGACCAGCAGACGGACAGCCCCAGGUGGCUCAGCUACGUGGACUACGUGGACGACAUCGUCUCCGAGUCUCUACUCAGGACGGUCGGCUGCAGCCUGGGCUACCUGGCGGACAACAUGGACCCCGCCACGGGGACCGCGCCCUUGUUCGAGGCACGCCUCGAGCUGCGCGACCCGGAGCUGGUGUACGAGCCCUCCUUGCAGGCCGACGACCCACAGGGCUUCUCCGGCCUGCUGCACGGCCUCAUCGACGACGUGGUGCACAUGGCGAGCCUGGUUCCCCGCGUCGCCGCCGCCACGCGCGGGCCCGGCUACCAGGAAGAUAUAGAAAACAAUGAAGACAUAAAAGAAAUGAAGAAUGAGAUUUUAGAUGCUGUUCAAAAAGUUAUGAAAGAGGCGAACGAGUUCGUGCACGGGUUCGAGAGCUACUCGUACCUGUGGCUGGAUGACCGCGAGCAGUACAUGGAGCAGUUCCUGACGUACGGCUGCCAGCUCUCGCCCGAGGAGAUGGAGCUGCUGGUCCUGGAGGAGCCCGGCGGCCCAGAGCCCAACCCGCCCCGCAUGGAGCAGUUCCGCGAGCAGAUAGACAACUUCGAGGUGCUGCACACGGAGAUCGAGGAGAUGGAGCCGGUGCAGGUGUUCAGCGGGUGGUUCCAGGUGGACCUUCGGCCCUUCAGGCAGGCCCUGCUGGACACUGUCCGCAGCUGGGGCAACAUGUUCCGACAACACCUGGUGGACCGCGUCACCAGCAGCCUGUCGGACCUCGCCGAGUUCCUGCACGAGGCGGACGAGGGACUCCUCCAGCCGGUGGAGGAGGGCGACUACCAGCGGCUGGUGGACGUGAUGGGCUUCCUGCUGAACGUGAAGGAGCGCCAGGCCGACACAGACGACAUGUUCGAGCCGCUGCGCCAGACCAUCGAGCUGCUCAAGUUCUACGACCAGGAGCUGCCCGAGGAAGUGAACGUGCUGCUGCAGGAGCUGCCCGAACAGUGGAACAACACCAAGAAGCUGGCGAUCCAGGUGAAGCAGCAAGUGGCGCCCUUGCAGGCCAUCGAGGUGGCCAGCAUCCGCAACAGGAUCUCGGCCUUCGACUGCCGGCAGAACCAGUACCGCGACAUGUUCAAGAAGUACCCCUUCUUCAGGUUCGACUGCGAGGAGCCGCACGAGGCGCUGGACCACACGCACGCCGAGAUCCACGCCUACGAGAGCGAGAUGCUGCGGAUACAGGAGUCGGCGUCGCUGUUCGAGGUGAACGUGCCCGACUUCAAGCACAUCAAGCAGUGCCUCAAGGAGCUGCGCAUGCUCAAGCAACUGUGGGACUACGUGGCCAUCGUGCAGACGAGUGUGGAGGACUGGAAGACCACCCCCUGGAGGAAGAUAGACGUGGAGAACAUGGACAUCGAGUGCAAGAAGUUCGCGAAGGAGAUCCGAGCCAUGGACAAGGAGAUGCGGCUAUGGGACACAUACGUGACGCUCGAGGCGUCGGUGAAGAACAUGCUGACGUCUCUGCGCGCGGUCGGAGAGCUGCAGAACUCUGCGAUCCGAGAGCGCCACUGGCACCAGCUCAUGAAGUCCACCAAGAGUCUAGCUGCACUGCCGCCUGAAUACACCGUGCGGUUCGUCAUGGAUGAGAGCAUCACACUGGCCGAGCUGCUCGAGCUCAACCUCCACGAGUGCGAGGAGGAGGUGAAGAACAUCGUCGAUAAGGCGGUCAAGGAGAUGUCGAUGGAGAAGACCCUGAGGGAACUUCACUCCACGUGGUCCAGGAUGGAGUUUGAGCAGGAGCCCCAUCCCCGCACCGGCUGCCAGCUGCUCAAGGCCAGCGAGGAGCUCAUCGAGACCUUGGAGGACAACCAGGUGCAGCUGCAGAACCUGAUCACCUCCAAGUUCAUCGCCCACUUCCUGGGGGAAGUGUCGGGCUGGCAGUCGAAGCUGUCCAUCGCCGACCAGGUCAUCACCAUGUGGUUCGAGGUGCAGCGCACGUGGAUGCACCUCGAGUCGAUCUUUAUGAGCUCCGAGGACAUCCGCAAGCAGCUGCCCAGCGACUCGGAUCGGUUCGACAGGAUCGACACUGAGUUCAAGGUGAUGAUGCACGAGAUAGCCAAGACGCCCAACGUGGUGGAGGCCACCAACAAGCAGGGGCUGACGCAGCAGCUGGAGCGGCUGCAGGCGGAGCUGACGCUGUGCGAGAAGGCGCUGGCUGAGUACCUGGAGACCAAGAGGCUGGCCUUCCCGCGCUUUUACUUCGUGUCCUCGGCGGACCUGCUCGAUGUGCUGUCCAACGGCAACCAGCCGCAGGUCGUGGCCAGGCACUUGACGAAGCUGUUCGACUCGAUGGCGCGCCUCAACUUCCUGCCGGGCGUCGACGGACAGCUGAGCAAGACUGCCCGCGGCAUGUUCGCCAAGGACGGCGAGUACGUGGACUUCGACCACGAGUGCGACUGCAGCGGUCCGGUGGAGGUGUGGCUGAACCGCCUGCAGGACACCAUGCGCAGCUCCAUCCUGCACUACUUCGCCGACAGCGUGGUCGCCUACGAGGAGAAGGCGCGCGAGCAGUGGCUGUUCGACUACCCGGCGCAGGUGUCGCUGUGCGGCACGCAGAUCUGGUGGACCACCGAGGUGAACAUCGCCUUCGCGCGCCUCGAGGAGGGCUACGAGAACGCCCUCAAGGACUACCAGAAGAAGCAGAUCAGCCAGCUCAACACGCUCAUCACGCUGCUGGUGGGGGAGCUGACCAAGCUGGACCGCCAGAAGAUAAUGACCAUCUGCACCAUCGACGUGCACUCGCGCGACGUGGUGGGCAAGCUGAUCCAGAGCAAGGUGGAGAGCUCGUCCGCCUUCCAGUGGCAGUCGCAACUGAGACACAGGUGGGACGAGAAGCAGCACGACGUGUUCGCCAACAUAUGCGACGCGGAGUUCUGCUACUGCCACGAGUACCUGGGCAACACGCCCCGCCUCGUCAUAACCCCUCUGACCGACCGCUGCUACAUCACCCUGACGCAGUCGCUUCACCUGAUCAUGGGCGGAGGACCGGCCGGCCCAGCGGGCACGGGCAAGACGGAGACCACCAAGGACCUGGGGCGCGCCCUGGGCAUCAUGGUGUACGUGUUCAACUGCUCCGAGCAGAUGGACUACAAGUCGUGCGGGAACAUCUACAAGGGACUGGCGCAGACUGGGGCCUGGGGCUGCUUCGACGAGUUCAACCGCAUCACGGUGGAGGUGUUGUCUGUGGUGGCCGUGCAGGUCAAGUCUGUUCAGGACGCCAUCAGGGACAAGAAGAAGACAUUCAACUUCAUGGGGGAGAUGAUCAACUUAUGUCCCACCGUCGGCAUCUUUAUCACGAUGAACCCCGGCUACGCCGGUCGGACGGAGCUGCCCGAGAACCUCAAGGCCCUGUUCAGGCCGUGUGCCAUGGUGGUGCCUGACUUCGAGCUGAUCUGCGAGAUCAUGCUGGUGGCGGAGGGCUUCCAGGAUGCCAAGAUCCUGGCCAGGAAGUUCAUCACACUGUACACCCUGUGCAAGGAGCUGCUGUCGAAGCAGGAUCACUACGACUGGGGGCUGCGCGCAAUCAAGUCCGUGCUGGUCGUCGCCGGCUCGCUCAAGCGCGGAGACCCGGACCGGCCCGAGGAGGAGGUGCUGAUGCGCGCGCUGCGGGACUUCAACGUGCCCAAGAUCGUGACGGACGACGUGCCCGUGUUCAUGGGGCUGAUCGGCGACCUGUUCCCGGCGCUGGACGUGCCGCGCAAGAGGGACCUCGAGUUCGAGCGCACCGUCAAGCAGGCCGCGUCCGACCUGCAGCUUCAGCCCGAGGACAACUUCAUCCUCAAGGUGGUGCAGCUGGAGGAACUACUGGAGGUGCGCCACUCGGUGUUCCUGGUGGGCAACGCCGGGACGGGCAAGACGCAGGUCUGGAAGACGCUGUUCCGCACCUACCAGAACAUGAGGCGCAAGCCCGUCUUCAACGACCUCAACCCCAAGGCCGUCACCAACGACGAGCUGUUCGGCAUCAUCAACCCCGCCACCCGCGAGUGGAAGGACGGACUGUUUUCUGUGAUCAUGCGGGAACAAGCAAACUUGACGGGCGACCAACCCAAGUGGAUCGUUCUGGAUGGUGACAUCGACCCGAUGUGGAUUGAAUCUUUGAAUACCGUCAUGGAUGACAACAAGAUCCUGACCCUCGCCAGCAACGAGCGCAUCGCCCUGACUCCGUCGAUGCGGCUGCUGUUCGAGAUAUCGAACCUGCGCACCGCGACCCCGGCCACCGUGUCCAGGGCCGGCAUCCUCUACAUCAACCCGCAGGACCUCGGCUGGAACCCGUACGUGACCACUUGGGUGGAGAAGCGCACCAUCCAGUCGGAGAAAUCCAACCUGGUGAUCCUGUUCGACAAGUACAUCCCUCCGUGCCUGGAGAACCUCCGCACGCGCUUCAAGAAGAUCACGCCCAUCACGGAGAUGGCGCACAUCCAGAUGCUGUGCCACCUGCUGCACUGCCUGCUCGUGCCACAGAACACGCCCGCAGAUUGUCCGAAGGAAUGGCACGACAUAUACUUCGUGUUUGCCUGCGUGUGGGCUUUCGGAGCCUCCAUGUUCCAAGAUCAGGCCAUCGACUACCGGGUGGAGUUCACAAAGUGGUGGGUGAACGAAUUCAAGUCGGUCAAGUUCCCACCGCAGGGCACGGUCUUCGACUACUACAUCGACACGGAGACGAAGCAGUUCCUGCCGUGGACGGAGCGGCUGCCUCGCUUCAACCUGGACCCCGACGUGCCGCUGCAGGCGGUGAUGGUGCACACGGCCGAGACGAUCCGGAUCCGCUUCUUCCUGGACCUCCUGAUGGAGCAGCACCACCCGGUGAUGCUGGUGGGCAACGCCGGCGUCGGCAAGACGGUGCUCGUGAACGACAAGCUCGCCAGCCUGCCCGAGAACUACGCCGUCGCCAACGUGCCCUUCAACUUCUACACCACCUCUGAAAUGCUGCAAAAAAUCCUGGAGAAGCCUUUGGAGAAGAAAGCUGGAAGGAACUAUGGACCACCCGGCAACAAAACUUUAGUGUACUUCAUUGACGACAUGAACAUGCCUGAGGUGGACGCCUACGGGACGGUGCAGCCCCACACACUGAUCCGCCAGCACCUGGACUACAGCCACUGGUACGACCGCACCAAGCUGUCCCUCAAGGACGUGCACAAGUGCCAGUACAUCGCCUGCAUGAACCCCACGGCGGGCAGCUUCACCAUCAACCCGCGCCUGCAGCGCCACUUCUGCGUGUUUGCCGUCAGCUUCCCCGGCGUGGAGAGCCUCAACACCAUCUACCACUCCAUCCUGAGUCAGCACCUCACGAACCCAGACUUCAGGCUGAGCCACAGCAUCCUCCGGCUGUCCAGCAACAUCGUGGCGGCGUCUCUGUCGCUGCACCACAAGGUGUCGCAGGUGUUCCUGCCGACGGCCAUCAAGUCCCACUACAUCUUCAACCUGCGAGACUUCUCCAGCAUCUUCCAGGGGCUGCUGUUCAGCACCAACGAGUGCCUGACGGCGCCGACUGACCUGGUGCGGCUGUGGAUGCACGAGACGCAGCGCGUCUACAGCGACAAGCUGGUCGACGAGAAGGACAUCGAGGCCUUCAACAAGAUCCAGGCCGACAUCGUCAAGAAGAGCUUCGAGGAGAUGGACGAGUCGGUGCUCGCAGAGAGGCCGAACAUCUACUGCCACUUCGCGCUGGGCAUCGGGGAGCCCAAGUACAUGCCGGUCACCGACUGGAAGGUGCUCACCGGCUUGCUGCAGGACGCGCUGGUGAGCUACAACGACCUGGUGGCCGCCAUGAACCUGGUGCUCUUCGAGGACGCCAUGAUGCACGUCUGCAGGAUAAACAGAAUUCUGGAGUCACCCCGGGGCAGUGCGCUCCUGGUCGGGGUCGGAGGCUCCGGGAAGCAGUCUCUUUCGCGGCUCGCCGCCUUCAUAUCCAGUCUCGAGGUGGUCCAAAUACAGCUAAGGAAAGGAUAUGGGAUCCCCGACCUCAAGAUGGAGCUGUCGGGACUCUACCUGAAGGCGGGGCUGAAGAACGUGGGCAUCAUGUUCCUGAUGACGGACGCGCAGGUGCCGAGCGAGCACUUCCUGGUGCUCAUCAACGACCUGCUGUCGACGGGCGAGGUGCCCGACCUCUUCCCCGACGACACCGUCGAGAACAUCCUGGCCGGCGUGCGCAACGAGGUGAAAGGGGCCGGGCUCGCGGACACGCGGGAGAACUGCUGGAAGUUCUUCAUCGACCGCGUGCGGCGCCAGCUCAAGGUCGUGCUGUGCUUCUCGCCCGUGGGCUCGACGCUGCGCGUGCGCGCCAGGAAGUUCCCCGCCAUCAUCAACGGCACGGCCAUCAACUGGUUCCACGAGUGGCCGCAGGAGGCGCUCAUCUCCGUCUCCAAGAGGUUCCUGGAGGAGCUCGACGUGCUGCCGCGGUGCUACCACGACUCCGCCUCCAACUUCAUGGCCUUCGUGCACACCUCGGUGAACACCAUGUCGAAGGUGUACCUGCAGAACGAGCGGCGCUACAACUACACGACCCCCAAGUCCUACCUGGAGCAGAUCAGCCUGUACUCGAAGCUGCUGCGGCAGAAGAGCGCCGAGCUGGCCGGCAAGGUGGAGCGCCUGGAGAACGGCCUGGAGAAGCUCAAGAGCACGGCGGAGCAGGUGGAUGAUCUCAAAGCAAAACUUGCCAUCCAGGAAAUAGAACUCCAGCAGAAGAACGAAGCCGCGGAUGCCCUCAUAGAAAUUGUUGGGAUCGAGACAGAAAAAGUUUCAAAAGAAAAAGCUUUUGCGGACGAGGAGGAGACCAAGGUGGGGCUUAUCGCCGAGGAGGUGACGAAGAAGCAGCAGGACUGCGAGGAGGACUUGGCUAAGGCCGAGCCCGCGCUCACCGCCGCCCAGGAGGCGCUCAACACCCUCAACAAGGCCAACCUGACGGAGCUGAAGUCGUUCGGGUCACCGCCCGGCGUGGUCACCAAUGUUACGGCGGCGGUCAUGGUGCUGAUGGCACCCAAUGGCAAGAUCCCCAAGGACCGCAGCUGGAAAGCAGCCAAGAUCAUGAUGGCGAAGGUGGACGCUUUCUUGGACGCGCUCAUCAACUACGACAAGGAGAACAUCCACCCCGAGAUCAUCAAGGCCAUCCAGCCGUACCUCAAGGACCCGGAGUUCGAGCCGGAGUUCGUGCGCAGCAAGUCCGGCGCCGCGGCAGGAUUGUGCGCGUGGGUCAUCAACAUCAUCAGGUUCUACGAGGUGUACUGCGACGUGGAGCCCAAGAGGAAGGCACUCGCCCAGGCCAACGCUGAGCUGGCCGCAGCCACGGAGAAGCUGGCCGUCAUCAAGAGGAAAGUGGCCUCGCUGGAGGAGCAACUGGCCAAGCUCACGGCGGACUUCGAGCAGGCCACCUCUGAGAAGCAGCGCUGCCAGGAGGAGGCGGACGCCACCAACAGGACCAUCUGCCUCGCCAACCGCCUGGUGGGCGGCCUCGCCUCCGAGAACGUGCGCUGGGCCGAAGCCGUCGCCAGCUACAUGCAGCAGGGCACCACCCUGCCGGGAGACGUGCUGCUGGUGACGGCCUUCAUCUCGUACGUGGGCUGCUUCACCAAGCAGUACCGCCUGGACCUGCUCAACAAGAUGUGGCUGCCCUACGUCAAGACCAUAGAGCCUUCCAUCCCCAUCACGGAGGGCCUGGACCCGCUCGCGCUGCUCACGGACGAUGCGCAGAUCGCCGUCUGGAACAACGAGGGGCUGCCCAGCGACCGCAUGUCCACGGAGAACGCCACCAUCCUGUCCAACUCGGACCGCUGGCCGCUCAUGAUCGACCCGCAGCUGCAAGGAGUGAAGUGGAUCAAGCAGAAGUACGGCGAGGAGCUGAAGGUGAUCCGGCUGGGGCAGCGGGGGUACCUGGACACCAUCGAGAAGGCGCUGACGAGCGGCGCGACCGUGCUGCUGGAGAGCAUAGAGGAGAACCUGGACCCCGUGCUGGAUCCCCUGCUGGGCAGGAACCUCAUCAAGAAGGGCAAGGCCAUCAAGAUCGGCGACAAGGAGGUGGAGUACAACGCGAGGUUCCAGCUGAUCCUGCAGACCAAGCUCGCCAACCCGCACUACAAGCCGGAGAUGCAGGCGCAGACCACGCUCAUCAACUUCACGGUGACGCGCGACGGGCUGGAGGACCAGCUGCUGGCCGAGGUGGUGAAGGCGGAGCGGCCCGACCUGGAGGAGCUCAAGGCGGAGCUGACCAAGCAGCAGAACGACUUCAAGAUCAUGCUCAAGUCGCUGGAGGACGACCUGCUGUCGCGGCUGUCCUCCGCGGGGGGCAACAUCCUGGGCGACACGGCGCUCGUCGAGAACCUGGAGACCACCAAGAGGACCGCCGCCGAGAUCCAACAGAAGGUCAGCGAGGGUCGCAUCACCUCGGCCAAGAUCGACCAGGCGCGCGAGUUCUACCGGCCCGCCGCCGCGCGCGCGUCGCUGCUCUACUUCAUCCUCAACGAUCUCAACACCAUCAACCCCAUCUACCAGUUCUCGCUCAAGGCCUUCAGCGUGGUCUUCCAGAAGGCCAUCGACAAAGCACUGCCCGCCCCGGAGGUGAGCGCCCGGGUGGUGAACCUCAUAGACUGCAUCACCUACUCCGUGUUCGUGUACACCUCCCGCGGCCUCUUCGAGUGCGACAAGCUCAUAUUCUGCUCCCAGAUGACCUUCCAGAUCCUGCUGAGGAACGAGGAGAUCCAGCCGGCGGACCUGGACUUCCUGCUGCGGUUCCCCACCACGCCGCACGUCACCAGCCCCGUGGACUUCCUGUCCAACAACAGCUGGGGCGGCAUCCGCAGCCUCUCCAGCAGGGACGAGUUCAGGAACCUGGACCGAGACAUCGAGAGCUCGUCGAAGCGCUGGAAGAAGUUCGUGGAGAGCGACUGCCCCGAGAAGGAGAAGUUCCCCCAGGAGUGGAAGAACAAGACGGCGCUGCAGCGGCUCUGCAUGAUGCGUGCCUUGCGGCCCGACCGCAUGACGUACGCCGUAGCAACGUUCAUCGAGGAGAAGCUGGGCUCCAAGUACGUGGAAGGCCGCACGGUGGAGUUCGCCAAGUCCUUCGAGGAGACCAGCCCUUCCACGCCGAUCUUCUUCAUCCUGUCGCCAGGCGUGAACCCGCUCAAGGACGUGGAGGACCUCGGCCGCAAGAUGGGCUUCACCAGCGACGACCAGAACUUCCACAACGUGUCGCUGGGGCAGGGCCAGGAGGCGGUGGCUGAGGAGGCCAUGGACUGCGCCGCGCAGAACGGUCACUGGGUCAUUCUGCAGAACAUCCACCUGGUGAAGAAGUGGCUGCCGUCGCUGGAGAAGAAGCUGGAGCACUACAGCUCCGGGUCGCACCCCGACUACAGGGUGUUCAUGAGUGCCGAGCCCGCCGCCACGGCCGCCGCACACAUCAUCCCGCAGGGCAUCUUGGAGUCGUCGAUCAAGAUCACGAACGAGCCGCCGACGGGCAUGAUGGCCAACCUGCACAAGGCGCUCGACAACUUCAACCAGGAGACGCUCGAGAUGUGCAGCAAGGAAGGAGAGUUCAAGGCCAUCCUGUUCUCGCUGUGCUACUUCCACGCCGUCGUGGCGGAGCGCCGCAAGUUCGGGCCGCAGGGCUGGAACAAGGUCUACCCCUUCAACGUGGGAGACCUGAACAUCUGCGUGAACGUGCUGUACAACUACCUGGAGGCCAACUCCAAGGUGCCGUGGGAGGACCUGCGCUACUUGUUCGGCGAGAUCAUGUACGGCGGCCACAUCACCGACGACUGGGACCGCCGCCUGUGCAUCACCUACCUGGAGGAGCUCAUGACCGUCGACCUGGUGGACGGUGAGCUGAUGCUAGCGCCGGGAUUCCCCGCGCCGCCCAACACAGACUACGCCGGCUUCCACGCAUACAUAGACGAGACGAUGCCGGCCGAGUCGCCCUGCCUGUACGGGCUGCACCCCAACGCGGAGAUCGGCUUCCUCACGACGACGGCCGAGAACCUGUUCCGCACCGUGUUCGAGAUGCAGCCGCGCGACGCCGGAGCUUCUGGCGGCGCCACCGUCACCCGAGAAGACAAGGUGAAGCAGAUGAUCGACGAGAUGCUGGAGAAGCUGCCCGACGAGUUCAACAUGCUGGAGAUCACGGGCAAGGUGGAGGAGCGCACCCCCUACGUGAUCGUGGCCUUCCAGGAGUGCGAGCGCAUGAACCACCUCACCGGCGAGAUCAAGCGCUCGCUGCGGGAGCUCGACCUGGGGCUCAAGGGCGAGCUGACCAUCACCUUCGUCAUGGAGGAGCUGGAGAACAGCCUGUUCCUCGACCAGGUGCCGCACAUCUGGACGCAGCGCGCCUACCCCUCGCUGCAGGGCCUCACCGCCUGGUUCGCCGACCUGCUGCUGCGCAUCCGCGAGCUCGACACCUGGUCCACCGACUUCGUGCUGCCGGCCUCGGUGUGGCUGGCGGGCUUCUUCAACCCGCAGUCCUUCCUCACGGCCAUCAUGCAGUCGACGGCGCGCAGGAACGAGCUGCCCCUGGACAAGAUGUGCCUGCAGUGCGACGUCACCAAGAAGCAGAAGGAAGACUUCACGUGAUGUGGAAGGGUCGCUGUGCUCAGGUCAGCGCCCAGAGAGGGCGCCUACGUGCACGGUCUCUUCAUGGAGGGGGCCCGCUGGGACACGCAGUCGGGCUUCAUCAUGGACUCCAAGCUGAAGGAGCUGUUCCCCGCCAUGCCCGUCGUCAACAUCCGGGCCAUCACGCAGGACAAGCAAGACCUGCGCAACACGUACGAGUGUCCCUGCUACAAGACGAGGACUCGCGGGCCCACCUACGUGUGGACCUUCAACCUGAAGACCAAGGACAAGCCAGCCAAGUGGACGCUGGCCGGCGUGGCGCUGCUGCUGCAGAUAUAGCCACUGCUGCAGAUAUGGGCGCUGCUGCUGCAUACCUAGACGCUGCGGCAGACCUAGACGCUGCUGCGACAGAUAUAGGCGUUGCUGCAGAUCUAGCCGCUGCUGCUGCAGAUAUAUGUAGACGCUGCAGCUGCAGAUGUAGGCACUGCUGCAGAUAUAGGCACUGCUGCUGCAGAUAUAGGCGCUGCUGCGGCAGAUACAGGCGCGGCGUCUGACAGCUCGUCACGUCUUCAGCGAGACAAUGGCCUCACGGUAGAAUUGAUCGAUGAGUUGGGAGUCUGCUACAGAGUUGAGGUCACUGUGGUUAGAAAUUGUUUAGCAAAACAGAAGCUGUCAAAAAGAGUUGAGGAUUUUUUUUCUUAAUAACAUGAAUGUUAUUAUAAAUGAGUUAUUAUAUUCAUGUUAUGUUAAAAUUAAAUUGAAAACUUCUUUCAAAAA